AUGUUCGAUCGCUACUUUGCAGUCUUCGAGACGCCGUACCCCACCUGCGAGAGCUCGAGCUGCAAGGUGCCGCCGGAUGUGUCCACCAUGGCGAACUUCGCAGCUUGGGAUCCCAACAGGUCUACGGACAACAGGUAUUGUCCCGACAUCUCUCCCAGCGAUCCCUUGCCCCACGGGGGAGUUUGUGGUGCUCUUUGCGCGCCCGGAUGGAAGGUGCAGGACCUCUACCGCUGUGACCAGGGCCAAUUUCAGGCUCCUUCUUGCAACCGCAUGACUUGCCCAAUGCCCCAGCUCAGCGGCCGUCUCGAGUGCGCAGAGGGGCCAUUCUUUGGCGCCACCUGUGCCCUGCUCUGCGAUCCGGGCUACGUGCCCUCGGACCUGCAAGCCUCCUGCAUCACGCAGUCUAUGGCGCCAGAGGCCGAGCCGUCCUUCAUGCCACCAGCAGCGUGCACGCCCGGGUUAUGUGGGGACUACCAGUGGCUGGAGGGCGCCAGUGUCGCGUAUCCCAGCGAGCGACGAGAUGUCACCUCCCGAGCCUUUCUCACGUGCUCGUCCGGGUACAAGCCCGCGGGUGCGGCCUUGAGCCUCGAGGGCACCGUGGAGCUCAGGAGUGUGGCCCGGUCAUCGACCGGGAGAAUGAGCCGGAGGUGGAGUGGAAGGUGGCUUUUACAGGGGCCCGGGCCGGUCUGA